AUGCAUCUGGUAUGCUAUAUUAGAUUUCCCUACAUUGUUGCGAUCCCCCCCAUCGCAUCGCAUCGCAUCAUCACUUCGCACCACUUCGCACCACUUCGCUUCGCAAUGGGAGACAUCCAGAGUUCGGGGACCCCCGUGACAGACCGUCUCACCGCCAAUGCUGCAGUGCAAUACGCCCACCAAGCCGACAAGCUGUCCUACGAACACGACCCCAGCGGUUGUGCCACCGCCAUCCAGGCCGAAUUUGUUACACCCCAUGAUCCUAUAAUAAUAACGGGCGAUGGCGGCAGACUACCUGGGGUUCCGCUGGCAGAGGCUGCGAAACUCAAUUCCCUCAAGGACCAAGUCGAUGGGGUGUCGGGGCAUGCUCUUAAAGGGGAGGCAUUGGUAGACACUUCCCCCGGACAGAGUGAGAACUCAGGAGCGGAAUCGCCCAAACAACAUGGCACGAUACAGAAGUCCCAGGAAGGUUCGCUGCGCAGAUCAAUGCCCCCUUCGCGGACACAUCCUCUCUUCCCACCUCUCCCGCUCUACGGGCCCUCUUCCAUAACUCGACAGAUACAAUGCAUGGUCUUUCGCACAUCUUCAUUUUUCCUCUCCCUGGCCUUUCUCGGCAUUAUUGUUUUGGGCUCGGCAUUUACUAGCAUACCCCUAAUGUUCAGACAUAUUUGGAAGCGUGUUACAUUUCGAGACCCGGACGCCUCACGGCCUUUCAAUGAAGAAGAGAAGAGGCGGAGAACGAUAAGGAAGGAGCAGGAGAAAGUGUGGAAGAAGGAGAGGUCGAGGCGGAGAUCCACUACGAAAAUGGAUGAUGAUAACGAGGAUGAGGCUGCGCAAGGAGAAUUCAUACCAACGGAAGGGGGAAAGGAUCCUCUGAUCUGUGAUGCUGGGUAUUAUGCUAGGAGAGUCGGACUGGACGUUGAGGAAUUCAAAGUGCAAACUGAAGAUGGCUUCAUUAUCACGCUGUGGCAUGUCUACAACCCUCAAGAGUUCACGCCAAUGACCGAGGCUGAACGAGCAGCACGAGGCCCAGACAUCUUUAUAGAUGCAGGACCUUCACGCCCUGGUGGCUCUCCGCAGAAACCCAAAUUCCCAAUUCUAAUGAUCCACGGUCUCCUACAAUCCUCGGGAGCCUACUGCACCAACGACGAUGAUUCUCUAGCCUUCUAUCUCUGCAAAGCGGGCUACGAUGUCUGGCUCGGCAAUAAUCGCUGUGGCUUCAAGCCAGAACACACUCUCCUAUCCUACUCCGACCCUCGAAUGUGGGCCUGGAACAUCCGUCAAAUGGGUGUCAUGGACCUCCCCGCUCUCACAUCACGCGUCCUCGCCGAAACAGGCUUCCAAAAACUGGGCCUCAUCGCACAUUCUCAAGGCACGACGCAGACCCUCGUCGCACUAGCAAAAGAACAACGUCCAGAGCUAGGCGAGAAACUUACUGUCUUCUGCGCCCUAGCUCCUGCUGCGUAUGCUGGUCCGUUAAUAGGAAAAGCGUAUUUCAAAUUCAUGCGCAUCAUUUCACCCGCAAUGUUUCGUAUAGUAUUCGGAAUACACGCCUUCAUCCCCUUUAUGAUGACCAUGCACGCCCUGCUGCCCGGAAACCUCUACGGAGCAAUGGGCUACCGCGUCUUCUCAUUCCUCUUCAACUGGUCCGACGACCGCUGGGAACGGGAUCUCCGAGACCGCAUGUUCCAAUUCGCUCCCGUCUACGUAUCGGCUGAAAGUAUGCGGUGGUGGUUGGGCCGAGAGUGCUUCGCGAAGCAGAAAUGUAUUCUUGCGACCAAGGACGAGAUUCGGGAUGAGGAGCGAGAGGAUGAGUUGGAGGACUAUCAUGCGAAUCAGGCGGGCGAGGAACAUCCUCCGCUGCCUAGGCAUUCGCACGAGAAGGCGAGGCAUGAGAAGAGGAAAAAGGGCGCGACGGCUUGGUAUAAUGAGCAAGUCCCGCCGUUUGCGCUGUGGGUUGCUGGGUCGGAUGAUCUCGUUGAUGGGCGCAGGUUAUUACGGCGUUUUGACAGGGGGCGCGAGCCGCAUGUCAGGGUUGUGCAUUCCAAGGUCAUUGAGGAGUAUGAACAUCUCGAUGUCAUCUGGGCCAUGGAUUCUAUAGAGAAAGUUGGACGUGAGGUCAAAGAUACUCUAUGGAAGACGUGUGAUGUGAGAGACAAGGUUCGAGUUCCGAGGGGCUGUGAGGAGGUUGAGGUGUGGAUUGAUCCGAAGAAUGAGCGGAAGGCUAACGAUGAUAUAAAAGAGGCUGAGGGGCUAAGUAGUAGCGCUAGCGAGACGGAUUUGGGGGCGUAG